AUGCCAUACGACUCCACAAUCGAAUUCACAAUAGAUACAAUCUGUCCUUGGACCUACCUAGCAAAACGGCGUCUCGAAAAAGCCCUCGCCCAACUCCCCUCAGACAGUCCUGUAAAUUUCACAAUCAAAUACAAACCAUAUCAACUCUACCCUGAAGCCUCUCCGGAAGGGGAAGAUAAGUAUGCCUGGUAUAAGAAAAGUCGCUAUGGUGAUUCGGCGGAGAAGAUGAAAAUGACCGCCUACGGGAUUGGAGAGGGAAUCGACUAUAAAUUCACGGGAACAGUAGCCAAUACCCUCCAGGCUCACCGUGUAAUUCAACAUUUCCAGGAAACAAAAGGUCCGGAGACAAGUGAUAAGAUCGUGACCAGUCUGUAUAGACAGUAUUUCGAGGAAGAGCAACAUCCGAGCUCCCACGCCACACUCUUGAAAGCUACCACUGAAGCCGGAAUUUCCGAAGGUGAAGCUAAAAAAGUAGUGGAAGAUGAAGAUGAGGGAUUGAUGGAGACGAAAAUGUUGAUACGAGAGCAGGCGGGGAAUGCGAUUGAUAGCGUACCGUAUAUCGUGAUUGAAGGGAAGAGGAGGGAUGUUACGCUUCAAGGUUGUCGAGAUGUUGCGGAGUAUGUGAAGAGUUUGCAGCAGGUAAUCAAGGAGAGCUCUUGA